UAUUCCCUAGCAACAGCGCAUAAACAAACUUCAGUUUGCUGCUGCUUGCGGAAUUAUGCAUUGCUGCUCCUUUGAGUUAAACAUUUAUUAUUUUUAAUUAGUUUAAAACGUUGUUUUCUUUAAGGAAAAAUGCCGACAACCAGAAAUCCUUUCAGCUUUCCUACAGCUGAAAAUGACAAUACAUUCACUGGAAAGCCAAGAAGCUCGCAAAAACGUCCUUACUCAAAGCCUACUCACCUAUCCCAACAGGAGGAUCCUUGGAAUCGCCUUAAUUCCACAGCCACCUUAUCCAGUGCCAGGAAGGAAUUCUGCUACUUUGAUCCAGAGGCCUCACGGGAUAGCCUAGAAUUUCACCUAAAGACAACUUAUAAUCAUCAUGACGAAUUUCUAAGGAGCAAGAAUGAGAUCCUCUUUCAGAAGGAAACAUUCACAGAAGACCACGGACGAAUUUUAAAAAAUCGGAAAAAGGAAGAACCCCCGUCUCCUGAGAGUACAGUAUUGAUGCCACGGCACUGGACUUCUCCAAAAAAAGAAUCGAUUCACUGCAGAGAAGGUGCUAUAGAAAGUCACCACACAGCUGCUACCAAUAGUGGAUAUUCCAGGAAGCAUGAUGGAGGUUUCUACUCAACAUAACCAACACCAAGGAAUGCAUACAGCAUCUAGCAAUAAAUCAGUGAAUUUAAUGUGCAACAGAUUUGUCCAUCCUUUUAGCUUUCAGCAUAAACAUAAUACACUCAUUUUUUUGGAAAAUGAGACAAGACUGCAGAGUACCAUUAGCCAAGCUGAGUUGUAACUGACUUUCCUGUGUAUGUAGACAAGAUGUGAAUAUGCAGGAGUAUGUUUGGGGGUUUUCAUAAAAAGAAUCAAUGUGCA